CUUGGGGGGCGCCCUGGAGGGUCGUGGGGGGCUCCACGCCCCACUUAGGGGCUCCUUGGGGCAAUUAAGGCGUCCCCGGGGCAGUGGGGGGGGGGCUGGGGCAAUUAACGGGUCCCUGGGGCAGUUUGGGAGGUCCCUGGGGCAAUUUGGAGGGUCCUUGGGGCAAUUAAGGGGUCUCUGAGGCGAUUUAGGGGUUCCCCAGGGCAUUUAAGGGGUCACUGGGGCAGUUUGGCACAUUCCCCAGACAGUUUAGGGGGUUCCUGGGGCAAUUAAGGGCUCCCUGGAACAGUUUAGGGGGUCCGUGGGGCAAUUAAGGGCUCCCCGGGGCAGUUUAGGAGUCCUUGGGGCAGUUUAGGGGGUCUCGGGAGGUUUAAGAAGCACCCUCGGCCAGUUGGAGGGGUCCCUGGGGUAGUGGGGGGGGGGCGCAGAAAAUUUUAAGGGGUUUCUGGGGCAGUUUAGGGGAUCCUAGAGGGAGUUGAGAAGGUCCGAGGGGUUUAAGGAGCUCCGUUGGGCAGUUGGGGGGCUCCCUGGGACAGUUUAGGGGUCCCCGGGGCAGUUUAGGGGUCCCCGGGGCAGUUGAAAGGGGUCCUGGGGACAGUUGAGAGGGUCUGUGGGGGUUUAAGGAGCACCCUGGGCUACUUGGGGGGGUCCUCGGGGCAGCUGGGGGGUCUCUGGAGCAGUUGACAGGGUCUGGGGGAUUUAAGGAGCACCGUGGGGCAGUUGAGGGGGGGUUCUGGUGGCAGCUGGGGGGGUCCCAGGGGCAGUUGAGUAGGUCCGGGGGGUUUAAGGAGCACCCUUAAGGGGCAAAUAGAGGGGACCCUGGGGUAGUUGGGGAGGAUUGUGCGGAGUUUAGGGGGUCCCUGGGGUAGCUGAGAAGGAUUGCGGGGCAGUUUAGAGGGUCCCCAGAGCAGGAUAGGGGGUCUCAGGAUCAGUUUUGGGAGUCCAGGGGCAAUUUGGAGGACCUUGGGGCAGCUGGGAGGGGGGCAUGGGGCAGGUUAGAGGCCCUGAGGGCCAGUUGAGGGCCCUUUGGGGCAGUUUGGGGGUUCCUGGGGCAGGAUACAGAGUUGGGGGGGGCAAUUUGAAGGGGCAGAUAAAAAGCAAGGGGGCAGUAGGAGGAUGAAGAAUGAAGUCGGGGGGGGGUCCUUUGGCCCCAGGGGGACAGCGGUGACCGAGAGGUGCUCGAGAGGGAAAGCUGGGGAUGACGUGGGGCAGCUUGGGGGGCAUGUAGGGGCCGGGGGGGGCAGUUGUUUCCGUGGGGCAGUUGUUGCUGCCCCUCAGGCCAUGCAGCGAAGGCGCCACGGAGGCCUCUGCACCACGGGGGGCACAGUGCAGGGGCCGGAGCCGAGGCACCCCAUUGCCAGCGACUCGGAGGACGACGAGACGUGGCGGUGCCCGACCGCCGGCAACACUGCCUCACCCCAAGUUGUGCCAGAGAGCGACCCGGAGGAGCCAGAUGUGUGCCCAGACAUCCGUGUGCUCCGAAAGCGCCGCCCCACCCCAGCCUUGGGCCUCCGCACAGAUUUGGCCCAAUCCCACCUGGAUCCGGACGUCGGGGGACCCAAAAAGCGCCGUUUGUGUCCCAAAACUACCCCAGCUCCAGAUGUGGGGAGCAAAAUGGCUAUUUCAGACAUUCGGCCCCAAAAUCACUCCCCAAACCCGAAAGGGCAGGUGGAUCCAGAUGUGAAGCACCUGGGAGGCAGCACAGUGGCUCUUGGCAUUGAAAGCGAUACAGAUGAUGAGGUGCACCCAAAAUCUGCUCUUUUUCACCCUAACCGUCACCAGGCAGCCCUGGAGGCGAGCGGUGACCCAAAUGUGGAGAAACGAGGCCCAAAUCCAGGUGCUGAAGGUGCCCAAAAUGGGCGUUGGAUGCUCGCGGUGGACAGCGACACGGACGUGGAGGAGGCUGACGUUCUUCCGUCUGUUGGAUGCCCAAAAAUACGUCGAAAGGCCCACAGGGUGCCAAAAGCCCCAGGUGUGGAGAUGAAGCCCCCAAAUCCAGAUGCUGGCAGUUCGAAAAAUGGAUUCCAGACGCUCGUGGUGGAUAGUGACACGGAUGUGGAGAUGGAGAGCUCGAAUUCAGCUGUGGAGGAUCCCCAACGUGGACAUCAGGCGCCCGGGGUGGACAGUGACACAGAUGUGGAGGAAGGUGGAGCAAAUCCAGUUGUUGGGCUGGCCAAAACCCCUCAAAUGACCGAAAACACCCCAAACUCUUCCAACAUAAAGAUGAAGAGCCCACAUCCAGCUAUUAAAGGCCCCCAUAAGGAACAUCCACCGCUCACAGUAGACAGCGAUACCGACGUGGAAGAGGACAGAGCAAAUCCAGAUGUUGUGUGCCUCCCAACCCCUCAAACGACCCAAAAUGCACCAAAACCCCCAAAUAUUGAGAUGGAGACUCCAAACCCAGAUGCUGACGGAUGCCAAAAGGAGAACUGCAUGCUUGUGGUAGACAGCGAUACAGACGUAGAAGACAACAUCCUUCUAGAUGUUGUCAGCCCAAAACCCCAUGCAAUGACCCCCAGAGACCCAGGUGUGGAGACCCGAGGUCAAGAUGCUGGGGGACCCAAAAUGAGACGCCAGUCCCCACUGGUGGACAGCGAUACAGAUGUGGAUGAGGACCCUUCGAGUGCAGAAGGUAGGGAUCCAAAACCACAUCAAAUAACCCAAAAUGCACGGAGGAACCUGGAUGCAGAGAUGCAGACCCUGAGUCCACGUCCUGGAGAACCGCAAAGUGGGCACGAGAUGCUCAAAGUGGACAGCGAUACAGAUGUGGAUGAAGACCCUUCCGAUCCAGAAGGCAGGGAUCCAAAACCACAUCAAAUAACCCAAAAUGCACAGAGAAACACGGAUGUGGAGAUGGAGACCCCAAGUCUACAUCCUGGAGAACCGCAAAGUGGGCACGAGAUGCUCAAAGUGGACAGCGAUACAGAUGUGGAUGAAGACCCUUCCGAUCCAGAAGGCAGGGAUCCAAAACCACAUCAAAUAACCCAAAAUGCACAGAGAAACACGGAUGUGGAGAUGCAGACCCUGAGUCCACGUCCUGGAGAACCGCAAAGCGGACACGAGAUGCUCAAAGUGGACAGCGAUACAGAUGUGGAGGAGGAUGGGCUGAAUCCAGAUGUUGGGUGUCCAGAAACCCAUAGAAUGACCCCAAAAAUCCACAGUGAUUCAGACGUAGCAAUAAAGACCCCAAAUCCUGAUCUUGAAGGUCCCCAAAACAGAGGACAGAACCUGGAGGUGGACAGCGACACAGAUGUAGAGGGAGAAGACCUGAACCCAGAUAUUCCUGGCCUGAAAAACCGCAAAACGCCCCAAAAUGCCCAGAAGGACCCAACUGUGGUGAUGGAAACCCCGAAUCCAGAUGCUGUCGGCCUCCACCGUGGCUCGAUGCCACCCGGCAGUGACAGCGACACGGAUGUGGAGGGCCUCGAGGACACUGAAACUCCAAAAACGCAUCGGACCACACGUGAGGUUACCGGGAUGGGUGCUAAGAAUGCCGCUGCUCCAGAUGUUGAUCCUCGGUGGCACGCCUGGACCAAGGGGGGGCUAAAUGUGGAGGGGACAGCCCCAAAUCCAGAUGUUGGUCAGCACAUGGACCUAAACGUGGACAGCGAUACCGGGGUCGAGGACAAUGGUGUGGUGCCAGAUGUUGGGGCAGUACAAGGGGGACAGGGGACACCUGGUCAUCCAGAUGUGGCGAUGGCGCCCUUAGAUCCAGAUGUUUCCCCUCCCAUGACCCCCCAGAGUGGCAGCGACACCGACGUGGAGGAGGUGGCCCCCACUCCCUACGUUCGGAGCCUCCGGAGCAAAACCCAACCCCGAAAUCCAGAUGUUGUGGACACCGCAAUGGGCAGCGAUACCAAUGUGGGGCUGACGGACCCCAAAUGCCAGAAACCAGCCCAAAAAAGGCAGGGUUUGCCCCCCAAAUCAUGCAGUGAUGGAGGUGUGGAAGGAGAGGUACCAAAACAGCAUGAUUUAGCCCCAAAUACAGACGCGGAGGACCCGAAUCCAGAUGACAAGGUGCAACACAACCCCCAGACCUCAGUGAUGGGCAGCGAUACAGAUGUGGCGCCAGCUGGUCUGGCCCCCAAAUCUCCAAUUCCGGCCCCAAAUUUGAGCCUCAGUGGUGAUGCUGCUUGGGGAUCCAGGAGUGCUCAGGCCACCCCUCAUGGGGACAUGGAUGUGGAGGUGGCAGAAAGUGAAACUGAGGAUGACCCUGACCUCUUCCUGGAGCCCACCCAGAGCUUCCUGCCACCACCGGUGACCGAAGCAGAUGCAGCCCCGGGCUGGGACCCCGAGGAGGCCACACAGCUCUUCUGCCACCCCAAGCUGGAGGAGGAGGAGGAGGAGGAGGAGGAAGAGAAAGAGGAGAAGAAGGAGGAAGAGGAGAAUGGGAAGGAAGAAGAGGAAAAGGAAGAAGAGGAGGAGAAGGAAGAGGAAGAGGAGAAGGAAGAAGAGCCCCCCCAGGACAUCCCAGCCACCCGUGUCCCCCCAGCUGAGCCGGUGGUGGUGACACCAGCCCAGGAGGGAGCAGGGACCGGCACAGCCCCCAGUGGUGACGUAACGGAGGGGCCGCGCCGCAGCCAGCGCCUGGCCCGAGGCCAUGGGGGCAGAGCCCCUGGAGGGGGCAGGGCCUCUGCUGUGGGAGGAGCCUCUGGAGGGGGCGUGGCCAGUCAGGCAAGGGGCGGGGCACUGCCACGCCCCACCCCCCCACGCCGCAGCCCUCGCCUCCAGGCCUGCCCCUCCCCUGCUGAGCCACCAGCCAAGAAGGGACGGGGCCAAGAGGAGCCACGCCCCCCGCCCCGGCCACGCCCCAAAAGGAGCGGCCACGCCCCCUCACAGAAGCAGACACGGGAGGAGGAGCUACCGGAGGUCGCCGGGCUCCAGCUCCGCCCUCGGGGAGGCGCCGGCUCCUCCAGCCCCAAGGUGCUGUUCACAGGGGUGGUGGCCUCCCAGGACAUGGAGGUGGCCCUGGGCUCACUGGGGGGGUCCAUGGCCACCUCCGUUUUCGACUGCACCCACCUGGUGACUGACCGCGUCCGACGCACCGUCAAGUUCCUCUGCGCGGUGGCACGUGGCAUCCCCAUCGUCACCCCCAAGUGGCUCCACGAGAGUGCCCGCAGUGGCCGCGUGCUGGCCCCGGGGUCCUUCCUGGUGCGUGACAGCCAGCAGGAACGUCACUUCGGCUUCAGCUUGUCCCAGGCCCUCAGCCAUGCCCGUCGCCACCCCUUGCUCCAGGGCUACGAGGUCCACGUCACCCCCAGCGUCCGCCCUGAGCCCGAGCAGAUGCGGGACAUUGUCACCUGCAGUGGUGGCACCUUCUUGCCCACCAUGCCCUGCACCUAUGGGCCCCGGAGGCUGGUGAUCUCCUGCGGGGAGGAUUCGGGGUGCUGGGCGCCGGCACUGAGCGCUCGCCUGCCCCUGGCCUCGGCCGAGCUCCUCCUGACCGGGCUCCUGCGGCAGCGCCUCCAGCUCCAGGACUUCCUCCUGGCCCCCCCGGAGAUCCCCCCAGGACCCUCAGGGGUCCCCCAAGAUCCCCCACCAAAGUCCCCUCAACCUCCUCCGGUGUCCCCUCGGCGUCUCCGCGCCCCCCUCCCGACGCAGGGCAGGACGCGGCGGGACCCCCCCAGCACACGGCGGCACCCACAGCCCCGAAAUAAAUGAGGGUUUUUGCACAAAAUCAAAAAAAGGUGAAAAAAGUAUGAUUUGGUGGUUUGCGGGGGUUGGGAAUUUGGGGGUGGCAUCUCCCGGAGGGGUCCCCAGUGUCAAUCAAUUUAUCAUUUUUAUCAUUUUUAUCAAUCGAUCUAUCAUUUUCAACAAGCAAUUUACCACUUUAUCACUCAUUUUCUUGUUUUCAUCAAACUAUUUCUCUUUUUUUGUCAAUUUUUAUUGAUUUAUCAUCAUGUUUCAGUUUUUUAACCAAUCAAUUUAUGUUUUUUGCCUAUCGCCAUUUUUAUCGGUGACCUCGAUGGGGAACUCAUGCACGGCACCAGUGAGCCCGAAACCUCGCGUCUGGUUUUGGGCCUCCCGCCCCAAAAAUGCAGAAUUGCUCACAUCUGAGGGAAAAAUUAAAAAAAAAAAAAAAAAAGGCAAUGAAACUGGCAGAA